AACGUCGAAAGCAAGGAGGCCUCGAGGGAUGGAAUGAUCGAGAUGAAGUCGGAUCACACGAAGUUUUAUCAAACAAUUUCGCUGCAGAACGCUGAAAUUCGCUGAGUAUAGAUCCGACCAGAAGGGGAUCCGACUGUAGAUCCGAACCGUUUCUCAUCGCGGCGAGCAGUAGCCGGGCACCGGUUCAGCCGUCUCCACCAGCUCGAGGAACCCCGACCCUAAACCCUAAGACCGUAAACUGUCAACGACCGCCGUGCUGCCACUGCCCCGCCGCUCACCACCGCCACCGGCGGAGCUAGGAAUGGAGGGAAACUCCGGCGCGCGCUCGGCGUCCCCCUCCCACUCCGCCUCCGCCUCCGUGUCGAGCUCCGCUCACAAGCGCAAGCUCAACGAGGACCUCCCUUCCUCUUCCCUCCCGCCCCAUCACCACCUUCCCCACCCCCAUCCUCACCACCACCACCUCUACCCUUCCUCCCUCUCUGACACCCGCGACGGCGCCCUCACCUCCAACGAUGACCUCGACAGCAUUUCCGCCCGCGCUGACUCCGAUCCCGACUCCGACUCCGAGAACGAGGAAGAGGGUGAGGCCGAGGAGGAGGAGGAGGAUGACGAGGAGGAGGAGGAGGAGGAGGAUGAGGAGGAGGACUCAAUGCGGACGUUCACGGCCGCCCGGUUGGAUAAUUCAUCUGCUAGGAACGUGAAGCCUAAGGUCGAGAAUGCGCCGGUGAAGCUCGAAGCGGAGAACGUCAAGGAGGAGCGUGCGGUGCCCGUUGCAGCUCCGGCUGCACAGACAGCAGCUGCAACGGUGCAGUCAACUGCUGGAAUCAUCGCGAAGGAUGAUCCCUCAAAGGGUAUCUUCACGGAGAAUAUACAGACCAGUGGCGCCUAUAGUGCUAGAGAAGAGAGCUUAAAGAGAGAGGAAGAAUCUGGAAGGCUCAAGUUUGUAUGCUAUUCCAAUGAUGGGGUUGAUGAGCAUAUGAUAUGGUUGAUUGGAUUGAAGAACAUCUUUGGCAGGCAAUUGCCUAAUAUGCCUAAGGAAUACAUUGUACGUCUUGUGAUGGAUAGAAGUCACAAAUCUGUGAUGAUCGUAAAAAACAAUCAGGUUGUUGGGGGCAUAACAUAUCGUCCUUAUCAUAGCCAGAAAUUUGGAGAGAUAGCUUUUCUUGCUAUUACAGCUGAUGAGCAGGUUAAGGGCUAUGGCACAAGGCUGAUGAACCACUUAAAACAGCAUGCUCGUGAUGUUGAUCAUCUCACCCAUUUUCUAACCUAUGCUGACAAUAAUGCUGUUGGUUACUUUAUAAAGCAGGGAUUUACAAAGGAGAUUGGAUUGGAUAAGGAUAAAUGGCAAGGGUACAUCAAAGACUAUGAUGGAGGGAGUCUUAUGGAAUGCAAAAUAGAUCCAAAGCUUCCAUAUACUGAUUUAUCUGCAAUGAUUCGGCGUCAGAGGCAGGCAAUUGAUGAAAAAAUACGGGAACUUUCUAACUGUCACAUAGUGUAUCCUGGGAUUGACUUUCAGAAGAAAGAAGCGGGGAUACCCAGGAAGGUGCCCAAGGUUGAAGAUAUUCCUGGGUUGAAGGAGGCAGGAUGGACUCCAGACCAAUGGGGACAUUCACGGUUUAGGGUGACAAAUGCAGCUCCAGAUAGUGUUACAUAUCGGCAGUCUUUGAAUGCAUUCAUGCGGACACUAUUGAAGGCAAUAAAUGAUCAUCAGGAUGCUUGGCCAUUCAGAGAGCCAGUUGAUGCACGUGAUGUUCCUGAUUAUUAUGAUAUUAUUAAGGACCCUAUAGAUUUAAAAACAAUGUCAAAAAGGCUGGAGUCGGAGCAAUAUUAUGUCACGUUUGAGAUGUUUGUUGCAGAUAUGAAGAGAAUGUUCACGAAUGCACGCACUUACAACUCUCCAGAUACCAUUUACUAUAAGUUAGCAACUAAGUUGGAAAAUGUCUUCUCAAACAAAGUCCAAGCUGGGCUCCAGGCUUGCAGCAAGGCAUCGUCAUGACUUUGGAUUGAGGCAUAUGACCAGGAAUUUUUUCUUAAGUUCCAAAUGGUUGCCAAAAUUAUCGAUUAAAACUGGUUCGUUGCUUCCAAGUAUGUAAUUUCUUGCAUUGCAUGUUUCCAGUGCCUCAUAGCUACGUUCUGGGAGGAAGAAACGGUGAACUGAGAAUGUGUGGUGAAGCCUCUGUCGAGGCAGCGGAUCCGUCCACUGAUUAAUUGCCUUGUCAAUUUUGAGUCUCAACAUUGGUCAGGGAUUCCACGAAGAUUUUACCUAUAAGGACGUAUGCCUAGAUUGCUCGCCAUUGGUUUGUGGCAAUUAUGAAAUUGCAUUUAAGAACAAAGGUUGUCCAGAUUGUGUAAUUAUAGGACCCCAAACUGUUAUGCUGUAUCUUGAUAUCUCAUAUUAAAUGAAAUGUAACUAGCUUGCUAUA